CUACUACAAGCACUGACUGUACAAUACAGAUAAGUGGAAUUGCACUUUGCUCUUAUCCAGCAAAUGUGUUUAUUUUUGAAAACUAGGCACAUGUUGUAAGCUGGACAGCACUGCCGAUCACUGGCACCAGAAUUCUCCGCCAAGGAAGCAGACGCACCAUGACGGAAAUUGAAAAAUGCACCAAUACAGUAAAAUAUGUUGGUGACAUCAAGGGAGGAAUGAAGCCAGCCAUGAAGAUCACAAUUAUGGGAUUAGUGGACGUCAGACCUAAGAGCUUUACCGUCAGCUUGCUGUGCAGUCCUACAGAUACAGAUGAGGAUGUUGCUUUUUUGCUGACAGUCAACUUUCAAGACAAGUCCAUAGUCCGAAACGCUAAGUUUGCAGGAACAUGGGGUGCAGAGGAAAAUAAGAUCCAAUUCUUCCCUUUCACAGCUGGAGACAACUUUAAGAUGGAAAUUGUGUGUGAACACCAGCAGAUGCGGGUUCUCUUGGAUGGACAGCAACUGUGUGACUUCACACACCGCGUUUCACAGCUGACAACAGUGACAAGCCUCAGAGUAACAGGAGAUAUUAAACUAACCAAGGUGGCAUGAGAUGGGAGCUUCCAGGACAGAACAGGAAACACUAGCGGACUGUUGUCAGUCUGAUGUUUAUUUCAUUUAAAAAUUAUUUCUAAAUUUGACAGAUUUUUUUUUUUUUUUUUUACUGUUUUUGGUUUUGCUUUAUUGUAAUAAAAAAUACAGGAAACACUUCUGCAAUCAUUUCAUUGCUUUCUAACACUUAUUAAAGAAUUGAGAUGAAA